UUUCAGGAAGAUACGAUCUUUGUUGGUGUCAACCAUACUGUACGUCAGCCUCAAAGACACUUCAUCUAUGUUGUACAAUGUUGCCGAGAGGUUGAUGACUGCUAGGAGAUUGUACGGCAUGUGUUGUGUGCCCGGCCACUGGUACAAGUAGAUAGUUUGGACGCUCAUCAUGGUGCUUCGUAUCUAUGCAUAUGUGUACUUGUUCUUGUGGGUCAAUUUUGCCUUGGGAUUUUCGGGUUCCAAGCUCCUCCUAAAACAACGAGGCCACAAUGCUCCUUCCAGAAUAAAAUGUCGUCGAUUCAUGGCAUCCGACAAUAUGGAGCGCUAUGACGACCAGGACCAACCCCGACUUCGAGUCGUUGUGGUCGGUGGUGGAGUAGGAGGCCUGGCAGUGGCUGCUCGCAUUGCUGCGACUCGUCCAUUCUGUGAUGUCACAAUUUACGAGAAGAACGAAGAAAUCGGCGGACGAAGUGGAUCCUUUGAUGUAAAUAUUCCCAACGUGGGGACCUUUCGGCACGAACGAGGUCCGUCUCUCCUCCUACUGCCGCAUGUCUAUCAGGAAGUGUUUCAAGAUUGCCUUGCUUCUGCUUCGACAUCAUCAUCAUCAUCAUCAUCAUCAGGAGAGCAACUGGCACAAGAGUUUGGUCUCGUCAUGCGACAGUGCACACCGUCCUAUCAAGUGGUGUUCGAUGAGGAGGACAACAGCAGCAGCAACAACAGACUCGAUGUGGGCUUUUCCAAGCAACUCUGCCAAAAAGACGAGAGAAUAGCAAAGCUCUACCAGGAAUCUAGACAAAAGAUGGACCAAUUGGAGCCCAAUGGUGCAGAGAAAUGGGAUGAAUACAUGAGAGCCACCGCGGCAUUUUUGGAUUGUGGAUUGCCCAACUUUAUUGAGGAACGAUUGGAUUUGGGGUCGUUUCCUGCAUUUAUCUAUGAGGCUUUGCGUGACUUUGGAAAGGCGUGGCCGUUAAAGCCCCAUUCCGACGUGCUAGAUGCCAUUUUCGACUCGGAAAAGAUGCGGGCGUUAGCAUCCUUCCAGGAUCUGUACGUCGGCCUUGAACCCUAUCGAAACAAUCAGCAGCUUGGCGCCGGAGUGUUGACCACGACUGCACCGGCCGUCUUUGGAUUGCUUGCUGCCAUUGAAUUGCAUCCUGACAAUGACAAAGCAGGUGUAUUUGCCCCCAUUGGCGGAUUCAAGUCUGUCUCGGAGUCACUUGCAAACUUGGCCAGAGCAAUGGGUGUAACUAUUGAAACUGGCAGAAUGGUCACUCGAAUCGAUUCAUCUGGUGUAGUACAUGUACGCCGCAACGAUACAGACACAGCAACUACAGGGUCAACAAAUACAGACAGUUUUGUCUCGGCAGAUCUUGUCAUUGUCAAUGCAGACCUCCCAUAUGCAUCAAAGAGCCUACUGCUAGAACAAUCUGCAAAAGAGGACGAACAAGACCCGUCAGCGGAACCUCGCUUUGAUUGGGACGAUUCCUUUUUGUUCAGCAGCGGCGUGGUUGCGUUCCACUGGUCCAUCGACAAGGAAUUGCACGAUUUGAACACGCACAAUGUCUUUCUGGCAGCUGCAAAAGGACGCGAAAGGGCGGAAGAGAGUUGGCGCAUCCUAAGAGGCAAAGAGGGUGGCUCAAAGGUGGAACCAUUCAACUUUUACGUGCACUGUCCCACCAAGACAGACCCAUCAGCCGCGCCUGAGGGCUGCGAUUCAAUCAUGGUGUUGGUGCCAUGCCCAACUCUGGAACGGAAACCCGAAUUUGCCACACUAUCAAGAGACGAAGCUAUUGAGGAAUACAAGAAGCAAUUUGACAAAGGCUGCAUUUCUGCAUUGCGAGAGGCUGUCUUGAAACGAUUUGCUGCUAUUGAUUCCUUGGCGGACUUGGAAGACCACAUCUUAGACGAAGUUGUCGAUACACCUUCCACGUAUGCAGAUCAGUAUCAUGUAGGGGCUGGGACACCUUUUGCUCUGAGUCAUGGCUUUGGGCAGCUGAGCCUCACCCGUCCGGGGGCAAAAUUUGGAUUGAAACAGGAUUCCAACAUUCUGUAUUGUGGAGCCAGUAGCCGGCCGGGAAACGGCGUGCCCUUGGUUCUCCUUGGCAGCAAAUUAGUAGCCGACAAGGCACAAUCACUAUUGGAUGAUAUGCUAUGCCAAAGGUGACAACUGUUGCAUUCUUUGGGUCUUGCUUGUCAUCAAUAUACCAGCCAUGGUGCAUCCAUCAUCAAUACUGUACCGCUACUAGCUAGCUAGUACUUGUAGAUUGCUAUUAGACUCUGACUCAUUUUCCAAUGCAGGAGCGAUUUAAAGGAUGGUUCACAGUUCACAGCCAAUGGACGAUUUAAAGUCCAUUUUACUUUUACUAGCUAGUAAGGACAAUUCACACUUUCACAGAGAUUAUUAAUAAUUUUA